UCCACGGGGGCGACACACGCACACACACACACACAUACACUAACCCGUGUUUGAAAUGUAAACCAGUAAACAUGUAGCCGUCUGGACUGAGCUGAAAAACCACACAUGUAGCGGGCGACGCUUCGACGGAUGUAAAAGGUUAUGGAUUCAAGCCUCCCUAGUUUACUCCUGUUCAUCUUGAUUGGCUGUGUGAGCGGCUCCUCGGAUAAUGGCACCCGCCACUUUGACUACUGUGUGCUCGGAGCUGGACCUGCAGGACUGCAGAUGGGACAUUUUCUGUCCAAGGCCAGAAGAGACUACAUCAUCUUGGAGAGGAACUCGGGACCAGGCAGCUUCUUUUACAAGUAUCCCAGACACAGGAAGCUCAUCAGCAUCAACAAGAUCCACACAGGAAGGUCGAACCCAGAGUUUAACCUGCGCCACGAUUGGAACUCACUGCUGAGCGACAGACGCGACCUCCUGUUGAAGCGAGUGAGCAGUGAUUUUUACCCUCCAGCUGAUGCCUUCACGCUCUACCUGUCCAUGUUUGAGAAGGAGCUUGGGCUGAAAGUGCGGUAUGGCGCGGACAUCGGAAGGAUCAGGGCCGUGCAGACGGACGGUGACAGGAGCUACAUCCUGACUGAUCAACAUGCGUCAGACUACAAAUGCAGCGUCCUCCUGGUGGCCACAGGUCUGUGGGUCCCACAGAAGGUGGAGUUUGUUGGUUCCGAACUGGUCGAGGGCUACGAGUCCAUCUCCACUAACCCCGAGGACUACAAGGACCAGGCUGUGCUCAUUCUGGGGAAGGGGAACUCUGCGUUUGAAACAGCCCAGAGCAUCAUGGGAAGGGCAAGCCGUGUGCACAUGCUCAGUUCCAGCACUGUUCGACUGGCUUGGCAAACACAUUACGUUGGAGACCUCAGAGCUGUGAAUAAUGAGCUACUAGACACAUACCAGCUGAAGUCACUCGACGGUGUGCUGGAGGGGCGUCUUGAGCAUUUAGUGAUUGCUCAACAAAAGGAGUCAGGCAGGAGGAGAUCAGGGGGAACAACGAAGAAGAAGAAGAAGGGAAAGUUUUAUGUUACUUUAAAAAAGUAUGUACAAAACCAGGAGGGGAAGAACAAUUCUGACGUGUCAGCUGAAGAGCUGGCAGGGUAUCACAUCGACAACUUCCCACUUCGCAACACUUACGACCGCGUCAUCCGAUGUCUUGGAUUCCGAUUCAACUUCACCAUAUUUGACAGAUCCGCCCGCCCACCAAACAGUGGAAAAGCCAAAGGGAGGUUGCCGGGGGUGACGGCCUGGUAUGAAGGGAAGAACACUCCUGGCUUGUUUGUGCUGGGAACCGCGGCUCACUCCAGAGACUACCGCUCAUCUGCCGGCGGGUUCAUCCAUGGAUUCCGUUACACAGCUCGAGCUGUGCAUCGUGUACUUGAACACCGUUACCAUAGCAACCCCUGGCCAUCAACAAAGCUGUUGACAACGCAGCUGCAGUCCUGGAUUCUGAAGCGGGUCAACGAGGCCUCUGGGCCAUACCAAAUGUUUGAGGUGCUCGGGGAUGUUAUUCUUCUCAGAGGCUCUCACUGUGAAUACGUGGAAGAGUUUCCGGUCCAGGCUUUGCCUCAGUUCUCGUCUCUCUCGGGCCACGAGGUGUCCAACCAUGGACUCAUCGUUGUAGUCAUGCAGUACGGGAAGACGAAGAUUGAUUUUCUGGGACGUACCAGAGCAGAAUCAGACUGGACCAAAGCCUGGAAAUCCAACUUCUUGCACCCUGUUUUAUACUUCUAUGACACUCUCCCUACAGAGGAAGAAAUGAAGCUCCGCCCCAAAGGCUGGCCUUUGCCGAGGCCCAAGGCAAUCCAUCAUAUGGUUGAAGACUUCCUCACAGAAUGGGACAGUCCCAUAUCUCACAUCCAACCACUGCGGCGCUUCCUGGAGCACUGUGUCCAAUCUGACCUCAGGACCUUCUAUGCAGAAUCAUGUUUCCGCCUCUCCCUCACUCACCGCAAGCCUCCCCUCUUCUGUCAGCAAGGAUACUUAAAGCAGCAGGGUGUUGCUCAUGGCAGUCAGCUGAGGCAGAGUGUACAUGACGCCGGGUUGAUGCCCACUGAGCGGGACACAGACACGUCAGGGGCGGAUCCAGCAUUUCCCAACUACUUGGCACAAGCUGGAGCCUCGGUGUCUUCAGGACUGAAACUUGGCAUCUGACUCUUUGAUUUAAGCCUGGUGACGCCAUGCCUAUGAUACGUGAUGUUUGGCUCCCUCAGACUUUCUACCUCUAGCACCAAAAAUCCUUCCCUGACACAUGACCAAAUAUCUUUGACACGUCUGUGGCUCGGCCACACGGUGGUGUAGUGGUUAGCACUCUCGCCUUGCAGCGAGAAGACCCGGGUUCGAGCCCCGGUUGGAACAAGGGCCUUUCUGCAUGGAGAAGUUUGCAUGUUCUCCCCGUGUGUGCGUGGGUUCUCUCCGGGUUCUCCGGCUUCCUCCCACAGUCCAAAAACAUGCAAUGUGGGGAUAGGUAAAUUGGACACUCUAAAUUGACCAUAGGAGUGAGUGUGAGAGUGAAUGGUUGUUUGUCUCUAUCUGUGUGUGGCCCUGCGACUGUCCCUGCGAUGGACUGGCGAACUGUCCAGGGUGUACCCCGCCUAUCGCCCGAUGUAGCUGAGAUUGGCACAGCACCCCCCACGACCCUCUGGCAGAGGAUAAAGCGGUAGAUGAUGACUGACUGACUGACAUCUGUGGCUCAGUGGUAGAGCGGGUCAUCUUCCUACUGUUAGGUCAGGUUCGAUGCCCAGCUCCUCUGGUCUACAUGCCAAUGUGGAAGACACUAAACCCCAAGUUGUGUCUUCACAUGCUGUCACAUGUGUUGACAGCAUGUGAAUGAAAGAGCUGUACACAGAUGUGCUGCACAGGCGUGUGUGAAUGGAAAAUCAUCCAUCAAGACCAUAAAAGCACUAUACUAUAGAAGUACUACUUGUACCCUUUUACCAAUGUCAGAUUUAUACCACUUAACUAAUGCAACCAAAGAUGGAUUUUUUUUCCUUUGCUUUAUUUUAAUAAGAAUAGUAUGAUUUUUUUUUUAUACAUA